AUGACUGUCAGCGGCGAAAAACUAGAGUUCAAAACAAUAGACGGAAUUGUCCUACGUGGAGUCCUAUAUGCGGCCGAUAAGCAAGCACCAGCAAUCAUCAUGACACACGGGUUCAACUGUGUCAAGGAAAUGCUCUUGCCAGAACUGGCAGAGUGGUUCCAGCAUUUGGGCUUCAACGCCCUGAUUUAUGAUCCAAGGAGCAUUGGCGAUAGCGAUGGGCUUCCCAGAAACCAAAUUAGCCCCCUGCAGCAGGCUGAAGAUCUUUCAGAUGUUGUAACGCACGUUGCAGCCCUACCGAAUGUGGAUUCCCGCCGCAUAAUUCUUUGGGGCAUGUCUUUUGGUGCCACAGUAAGCGCAUGCGCGGCUGCGGUUGACCGUCGUGUCAAGGCAGUUGUCAUGGUUUGUCCAAUCUUCAGUUUUUUCCAACCUGACAAGCGGGAGAAAGCCUUUGUGCAGCUCAUCAGGGACCGGCAGUCCCAGCUCCGUGGAAAUGAGCCUUUCACACUCCCACCAUUCAACAGCAAAGGCGAAAACCCAAUUGGUAUGGCAGGCUCUGGAGGUCCAGGCGGAAUUGAGGCGUAUACUUUUAUGAACGCUGUCAUUGAUCGCGGGGCGCCCAACUUCCGCGAUCGUAUUACACUACAAACGUACCAUAAGUUGGCGCUUUUCCGUCCCAAAGAACUUCUUCAUCUUGUUAAAGCUCCAGUUCAAAUGAUCAUCCCGGAGCUAGAUGACAUUUCUCCAGCUGCAGAGCAGGAAGAGGCCUUCGGGCGGUUUGGAGAACCUAAAAGUCUGUAUUUAGCCAAGGGUAAAGGACAUUUGACGGUGCUAAGUGGGCAAGGGUCAAAGGAAAUCUGGCAGGCAAUGAUAGAUUUCAUUCGCGCAUCUAUCGAGUAG